CUCUCUCUCUCUCUCUCUCUGUGUGUUUCUGUGAGCUUGCUUUAAUGGCUCUGGAAACCCUAACCGGGUACGAGCGCCAGAGGCUUGAGAACAUAAAGCGCAAUGGCGAGAUGCUGGCUUCUCUGAAGCUCCAUUGCACAGCUCAAGAACUCUCUUCUGUGACCAAGCGUAUCAGAGUUGAAGCAAAAGGUUACAAGGUCACUCAGUCGAAGAAGCCCAAGCCCGAAGCUCCUGUUGUGCUCCGCAGGUCUCUCCGUACACAAGGAAUGCCGUCUGAUUCAUCAUCAGCAGGAGGUGUUGAAGACGACCUUGUUGUUUCCUCCGAUAAGAACCCCAGACUUCCUACUCCCAAAGUCUUGGGCCCUCUCAGUAUGAAAGAUGCUUAUAGUGGUGAUUCCUCUGACCGGCAACUUAUAGAUACGAUCUUGAAUAUGAGGGAAAACACUCCAUUAAUUUGUGCAAGCAAGGAGAAUUUUUCGAUCAAGGGGGAUAGAAAUUCUCUUGGUGUGAUCACAGGUCCUUCAGAAAAUGAUCCUUCUAGUUGCUCAAUUGAGGAAUGUUUUUGCUCAAUCAAGAAGGACUUUGCUGGGGAUAGGAGCUCUGACGAUCCUAUUUUCUUGGAGAGAACUCUGCUGAAGAGGGAAGCUGAAGGGGAUAUGGAGAAAACCCUGUUGAAUGAUUCAAUGAAGACCGAACUUGAUAAUAAUGGGCCCUCUUACUCAACAUUUAUGAGUAUAUCGGAAAAAGCUCCUUUAAGUUCCCUUAACUUUGCAUCACUGAGAUCGAAACCAGACAAUACCGCACGAGUUAUGCCUGGAAGGAUAACGAAUGUGUGCUUCUUUCCUGCAUCAUACCGUUUGUUGGUUAUUGCUGGAAACGAAUUUGGGAACAUUGGAUUUUGGGAUGUUGAUAGUCAAGAGGAGGAAGGAGAUGGUAUUUGUUUAUACCAUCCUCACUCUGCUCCUGUUUCAGGGAUUUUGAUCCAACCUUUUUCAUUAUCAAAGGUUUUCACAAGCAGCCAAGAUGGAUUAAUUCGUUUGUUGGAUGUAGAAAAGGAAUCAUUUGAUCUGGUUUUCUCCAGCGAAUAUUCCAUCUUCUCUCUUUCUCAACGUCCACAUGAUGUGAAGUCAAUAUAUUUUGGGGAGGGUGAAGGAGGACUAAAUGUUUGGGAUGAGAGGGCAGGCAAAUCUUCAAGCUCAUGGAUGUUGCAUGAGCAAAGGAUCAACUCCAUAGAUUUCAACCCAGAAAACGAUAACUUGAUGGCUACAAGCUCCACUGAUGGUACUGUCUGCAUCUGGGAUGCGAGAAGCAUUAAUACAGAAAAACCGAAAUCCCUGAAGAUAGUUCAUCACAAAAAGGCUGUUUAUUCUGCUUACUUCUCACCCAGUGGGAAUUGUCUAGCAACAACAAGUCUUGGUGACAAAGUUGGAGUUCUGAGAGGAGUUGACUUUGCAGAGGUGGAUAUGAUCCAACAUAAUAAUCUGACGGGCAGAGGAAUUUGUUCUAUCAGGUAUGACUUUCCGCUGUUGCGGAGAUAAUUUAUUAUUCUCCAAGCAGAAACAACAUAUGCUUAAUAUUCUAUUUAAGACUGGUCAGCUUCUUUGCCACAAACUCAAUGGUCUUUCUAAAUCCGUACUAGGGUUUGUUUCAUGAAUUUUCUUACUCAGACCUAUAAAAGCCCUGUUGGAUUUGCAUUUUCAGAUCUUGCUGGUUAGUUUUAAACCCUUCUUUUAAAAAGGUAUUGCAAUAAAAUAAGCAAUAUCUAACUUUCAUAGCUGUUGGUGCAUUUCAAUGAAAUACCCGUUAUAUUUGCAUUUUCAGAUCUCAUUUUAGGACUUUAUGAAUCAAU